AACAAGUCUCCUCUUGAACAAUAUUACAGCACCGGGCUCAAAAACCUCACCAGACAGGCACUGCCCAAGUGAAUGUGAACAUAGUGAUAUAAAUUUUGGAAAUUUGUUUCAAAAAACAAGCACUACAUUCCCAAAUAUAUAUAUAAAGGUUUUUAAAGGGUAGACAAUGUUAAUGAACCAUGACAUUUAAAUUUACACAUUAACUGCGAACAUUAGGCACCAAAUAUGACAGCUUUAUUUAACGGGAACGUUUCUACCUCAGCCUCCAAUUAUUCGAUGGAAGAUGAGGAUGAAGACAUUAGCAACAUUCCCUUAGCAGAUGCCGACCCACAAGCCGUUCUUCCGGAAGAAGGUGAAAAUUCUAAUUCCGGUCGAAUGGGGAUGACGCCAGGGUCGCACUCUCAGCAUAACCGAAGUUUCGACUCGUUCCCCUCGACUUUUACGAAUGAUAGCUUAUCAUCAAGUGUUGGUGGCUUGGACCCCGAUCUAAGUCAGGACGAGCAGGAGGAGAAAGCUAGUAGAAUAGCACAAGUGUUGGAGCUACAAAAUACUCUGGAUGACCUAUCUCAACGGGUGGAAAGCGUAAAGGAGGAAAAUCUAAAGUUAAGGAGUGAAAAUCAAGUACUCGGGCAGUACAUCGAAAGUCUGAUGUCAGCCUCUAGCGUUUUUCAGCCCACGUCGCCCAAAACGAAGAGAAAAUAAUUCCGACAAUUACUUAACUUGGUUAAAUUGUUUAUUUAUUUUCGCACAUUUGAAAUAUGUCACGAAAUCCAUUACUCACUUCAACUUCAAGUCAAGAUUCAAGUCAAUAUUAUAAAUCUGAACUGUAGUUACAUAUUUAUGCUAAUUUCAAUUUCAAUUAGAAUGCAUCAGUAAUGAUGCCCACACUGUUUCAAUUAAAGUGCAAUUACCAUUUUCGCUCUAGAAACUUUGAACUUUAACUAAAUUGCAAUAUAAAUACAAAAUAAUUCCGAGUCUCUGCUACAUCAACCAAUGCUGUUCAAAACGCGAAUCUCUCUAAUAUAAUUUUCCUAGUGACAAUAUGUUACAAUUUUGUACUCAUUUUCGAAUUGUUCAAUAAGCUAUGUAAGCGUAUUAGUUUGCUACAUGUCCAGAUAUGGGAAGUGGCGUCGUUUUGUCAUUACUCACAUAAAAAUGCAAUAAAGAGAAGGAGUAAAAUAACACCUCAUUCACUAAAUUAAAA